CACAAAAAUAAAUAGAAACAAACAAAAAAUAAUCAGCCUACUAAUAAUCUCCUCAUAAAUCAGCAUCAAUCACGGGGUGAUUAAAAACUCAGCUGUUUUUUGCAUUACCAUCGAUUUCAUUUUACAAUUUGAAAUAAAUCUGCCUGUUUUUCUGUUAUUUCUCCCAUUUAUCAGCUUAGCUCAAAAGCGGCGUCCAAUUUGCUCAACUGAAAGGAUAAUUCAGACCCUUCAAACAAAAAACGAAUGAGGCACAACUGCGCUUUUUAACGAAAUCACAAUUCUUUUUUUUUGGGUUUCCGUAAUUCUAUUGGCUGGUUCAACUUGAAAAAUACUGAACAUAUUUCAAGUGGCGAUCUUAGAUUAAUUUCCUUACUGAGUCGCCCAGGUAACAACAAACAGCUUUGUCAAAUUGUUUGGCAAAUUGAAAAAUAUAAUUAUCUUUAACUUUUUCAUACCAAUCGCAAGUCGAGCGGGUUUUGUUUUGUUUUAUGGUUUAUCGGCAUCCUUUUCUGAAUUGAAAUGACAAGUAACAAUAUGAAGACAAUCAUAAUUUCCUUCGGUUUGGUUCUCUACUCCUUCUGCCCCGCCCAAUCCUACAAUGUUUACGAUGACCCGGAUUAUCCAGAAAGAGAAUGGACUCCAAUCUACGAAGAGCUAUCCUCAGAGUACUCUCCCAAUGCAAAUGACCUGCAAAGUUCCAAGUGGGAGGAGGGUCUGCACUCCAACACGAAGAGAAUCCUCAGUUUCAACACCAGAAACUACAACCCAAUGGGCAGAGGGGGCAAUAAGCGAGAGCGGGAGAUAUCAGAGGGGGGCCUUAACAAGCGCAUGAUCAACUUCCGGACCCGCUCUUGGGAGAGACCGACCAAACGAGAGGUGACCAUGGGUGAACCCGAGUCAAAACGACUCAUGAACUUCAACACCAAUAAGCGACUCAUGAACUUCAACACCAACAAAAGGCUCAUGAAUUUCGACACCAACAAAAGGCUCAUGAGUUUCAACACUGCUAAACGACCCAUGAGUUUUGUCACCGGGAAACGACUCAUGAACUUCAACACUAACAAGAGGCCCAUGAAUUUUGCUACCGACAAGCGACCAAUGAAUUUCAUCACCAAUUAAAGACAGUCGAGUUAACUCACAAAAAGUUAUUCAAUGAUUUGCAUUGGUUUGUGCUGAAAAUUAGAGAAUUCAUUUCAUGUACGAAAAAAUCAUGUUAUUUUUAACAUUCGAUUGAUAGAAAUAAAGUGAUCUAUUAGCUCA